AUGGAUGUUGAAUGCAUUCAGGAAAUUCAGAGAGUGCUACCUGAACUGGACUAUGAGAGGUUGAUGGCUGUUGUUGAACACUUGACAUCAGUCGUUGGAGUCACAAAGAAAGAGGACCUUGCCUUUGUUGAGAAGGAUGACUUCCAGCAUCAUUUAACACCAAUACAGAGUCGUAAACUUAUCCAGGCAUUUAGGCAAAGAGUGAGAACUGUGGUGGCUGCCAUGCAGGAACACUGUCCAAAUCCCAACAGGGCUGCCUGUGUAGAGAUUGCAAAAAUGAUUAUGUCAAAAUAUCCUUUGACCUUUGCAGACACAACUGAGGAAGGUGAACAGUUGGGAACAGGUUAUUAUUCACUUGUUAAUAAACUUAAGACUAGAGUUGAACAUGUCAAUCGUAACAACGUAACUGCAAGAAUACGGACACCAAGGUCAUUGACAGAAACUAGUGAUAGUACCACUACCACCAAAGCAGUACGGUGCAAAGUAGAUAGCUAUGGCUGCUUCAAUUGGCAACCAAGAUGUCUUCCAGAAGGAGAGAUAUCUGACUCUUUAGAAGAUAGAAGAAAAAAUAUGGCAGCUAUAUUUCACUCUGUUGGCCCCAGAGCUGUGGACAAGCCAGAUGUUGACCAGUCAAUGAGUCUGACAUUCAUUUAUCAACGUCACAUGAUAAAUACCUGCCCUCCUCCCAGUGUCAGUGACACUGAAGAUCAGUGGCCUUUUCUCUUUACAAAAAGAGGAGUCUGUGCCCAUUUCAAAACUCUCACAGGUAUUGAUAUCUGUGAUCGAGUAGGAGAGGCUCUUCAAACCAAAGGGAAGAGGAUCAUAUACUUCUUCCAAAGGCAGACACAGAACAGAGACAUGCAGAGUCUUCUACAGGACAUUGAGGGAGACACCACAACCAUGCAGCAGACCCAGACCAGCAUAGCGGUAGUGCUUCUUUUGAUGAAGCACUUCCUUGAAAAGGAGGACUCCAUCUUCAUUUUGGUAGAUGAAACCGCAACAAAGUCAUCAAUAGAGAAAGAUUGGACCCUGCCAGCCACGCCGAGACUGAUAAUGCUUGGGAAUACAUUCCUCUCUGCAAAAAAGUGGAUAGUGAGCAUUGAUGUAAAGGUGGCCUACAUUUUGGUGGAGCACCUGAGUUUUGCAGAUGCCUUGUCUGUGUUUUUUGCAUGUUUCUAUGUUUUCAACAUAGAAUACCAGGAGCCUGCCUGUGCGACACUUGAACUCAUACAACGAUUCUUUGUGAGGAUAAAUCCAGGAGAUGGAACAAAAUGCACUGCAAAAACUGGCACGAGUCGUAAGACAGGAGAAAUGGUGAAGAGGAAAACAACAGUCAUCAACAACAGAGUGUCAUCCUUUCUUCGCCACCUAACAGAGUUUGAGUGGAGGAACUUAGAUUAA